ACACAUACCAAGAAAAAUGGUGACAUUGGAAGUAUUGGAAAUGAUAGUCAAAUCAAUGAUGGGAUUUGGCAUGAAUAUCAACCAGAUUAUGGCAUGUUGAAUGAAUCGUAUCAGGCAACCAAACGCAAUAUUUACAAAGAAAUUAAUACUACUUUAGGUGAUCUUCAACAACUUGAAUCUCGUUUUGAAGCUUCCAAGUUACAAUUUCAUGGACGGAUUGAAAAAGAAUAUGAAGAAUGGUCAUAUCAAUUGGAUUUACAACGAAGGAAACUCGAACAACGGAAACGUACUUUGAAUGAUACUGAACCACGAGAUAUUACAGCAUUUCAAAACAAGAUCAAACUCAAUGUUGGUGGAGUUAUAUUUGAAACAUCUUUGGCUACUUUGAAAAGGGAAGAAUCAAGUUUAUUAGCUACCAUGUUUUCUGGAAAACAUGUCUUGAAAUUAGAUGCUGAAGGAUCUUACUUUAUUGAUCGAGACCCUACUCAUUUUCGAUUGGUAUUGAACUAUCUACGUGAUCUUAGGAUUUCUCCAGCUGUUAUCCAAGAUAAUACAGUAUGUCAAGAAUUACUACAUGAAGCUCAAUAUUAUCGCAUUGAAGGUCUAAUCAAACUUCUUCAACAAUAAGUUACACACCAUCAGUUCGUAGCGGACCUUUUUUUUAUUUUUUUUUUCUUCAUUUUUUUUUUUAUUUUCUUCCACUCUUUUUCUUUAUUAUCAUUAUUA